AUGUCUGGAAACAUCGCCCUCGUUCUUGGUGCUCUGACCGCUGGAGGAGGUAUCACUGGAUACGCGCGUACGGGAUCUGUGCCUUCAAUUGCAGCUGGUGUUACUGUUGGCCUACUGUACAUCUUCGGCGGCUUGCGCAUCAACAACCGCAACCCCUAUGGCGUUGAGCUUGCUCUUUUGGCCUCCAUUGUCCUUGCUGGCAGUUCCAUUCCACGUGCCAUCAAGUCUGGCAAGCCUCUCCCCAUUGGUUUGAGUGUUCUUGCCACGUUUGGUUUGUGGACCUUUGGUACCGCCUAUGCCAAGCGAUCAACUGUUUGA